AGUGAGCUCGCGUCAGGCUUACGAUAAAGGCGUGCCUUUUGUUGUGCGUUUUCCAGCGCGACAUGUUUAUGUAAUUUGACAAUUUAUGUAAAUAUUCGUAUAGUGUCCUGUGUUGUUUCUUCUAAUCGUUAUUUUCAUUGUUUUCUUGACAAGAAGCUGCUGGUUUUGGUACACAACCAGUCGCAGUAAUAGUAAGGUUUUAGCUCCUAAAAGCAAGAAAAACUAAGACAAGAUGGCGGCGUUCGUGGCCAAGCAGAUGGUCGGGAACAAACUCAGCGCCGUUAAAGGUGCGGUUGGCGGUGACGGUGAUGACAGCGAUGAUAAGGAAAAGGAAGAAGAAGCGGAACGCGAACGACAGGAAGCGAUCCGCGAGGCCGAGGAGCGGCGCAAGGAGAAGCAUCGCAAGAUGGAGGAGGAGAGAGAGAAGAUGCGCCAGGAGAUCCGGGAUAAGUACAAAAUUCCAAAGAAGGAGGAGAUGGUGGAACAACAGCAGGCUGAACCAGACAACCCUUUGAUGAGGAAGAAAAAGACUCCUGAGGAAUUGGCUGCGGAGGCGGAGCUUGAAGAUCAAGACGAGUUCACUAAACUCAAAAACACCAUCGAAACGCAAGUGAACGAACUGAAGUCGCAGAUCGAGAGCAAAUGUGUUAUGCAGUGAGCGAAGCGAGACGCCGCAACUUCCACCAUCUUUAUUAUAUUUACCUGAAUACAUGAUGUAGCUGCUAAGCUGAUUGUUAGGACGUUUCACAGGCCCGCUCGCAUAACCCCACCACCCAAUAACCUGCCCAAGCAAUACAAAAAAGAUACAAAGAAGUAUUUCGUUCGAAAAUCCGUUAUCAUUCGCGCUCAAACAUUUUUGUAGGAGAGAUUUAAAUUCUAAAUUUUUCAGAAUGUAGUUGGCUAGUGGCGCGUUGGUGCUUUAUAAUGAGCAAUAAUAUUUUUAUACAUUCAUAGAAAAAAUGUGGAGAGCGACCCCCUAUACCGCCGUUGAGAACAGAAACGCAUUCCGAACGUUAGGCCAAAAAGUUGUCGGUGAAAACCGAACACAAAAUUUGACGCAGAGUAUCGGAAAAUGUGAAACGAAUCCAAUUUUAUAUGUUGAUGCUUGUGAUAUAUUGUUAUUUAAGUGUAAAGAGGGAAUAAAUUUAAAUACAACUAGAACGGUGUAAUAUUAAUAAAGAAAUGAAAAGGGAAAUAAUGUAUUUUAAGCCUCUUAGCACGCGUGUGUAGAUUCUGACUUCAUCAAAGUGUUUCCUUCUUUCACCUACUUUUCAUCUUCGGAACAAACUUACAUUGAAAUAACAAUGUAUUCGAUAGUAAAUAUUUGUUUUCAUCCAAAUUCCACUCGGCUUUGUGUCUCUGUACUUAAGUGUUUUACCGUUAAGGGUAAAUGUAUGUGUGGCUUCCGCUCUUCGCUCUCUAUUUUCUCUGUUUCUCCUUCUACAACUUGAAACUCUCCGACUUUUGUCUCUAAAUCUUUUGCAUGCGUGCUUCUGCAUUGUUAAUCGAUAUUGUGUCAGUAAGUUCUUUUAGGUGUACAUACCCUUAAUGGACCUAGCCUUAAAAUCCACAUCGAAAAUAAUAAUAGGUACAAUAUUGUUACUGCGUAUUAAAUAGGGAAAGGCGUUUGAUAUAACUAACGCCUCUUCCGAUUUGAAAUAGAUGUCAGUUUUGUUCCUGCAUGUCUUUAAUGUAAGAUCGAUGUUCGUUUAGAUUAAUGUGUUAAGGAAUGUAGAUAACACUUAACCCGUCGUUGUUUUACUGUUGUACCAAUUUAGUGUAGUCAACGCGAAUCUAACGAUUUAUCGAUGUUUUGUGCUUAGGUGUAAAGUUAAUGUUUGUGCGAGCAAAAUUUUCGAGCGAUUAACACGUUGGAAUGUUGGGUGAUUCGACGUAUAGUUUGAAUCAAAUUUUAAAGUUUGAUCCAAUAUAUACGUAUAAAGAAGAAAAUUUGAAAAAUGUAACAAAAGAUGCCCUUGAAAAAUACUACUUGAAUUUACCACUGCCUGAAAAAGUAAAGGUUUGCAAAGCUAAUUGUUCGAACAUUUGUCUCCACAUGUAAAGCUGCAAAUGCAAAAGAUUUGUUAUCGUCAAAAGCUGUGAUAUAUAAAUAAAAUAAAACUAUUGCUGUGCGCCAGACGCGGCCUGACCGCUCGCGCCUUUACGUACUUUUCACUUAGCUUCUUUGAUCUUCGACUUUGAAUCUAUCACUAAAUAUUAAAUUAUAUAAUAAUCGACAAACUAUUCUCUCGAAACUUUCACCUUGCCUCCGCUCUCAUACAUUUCAAAACUUCAACGGAAACUUCUACAAUGGAAUCAGCACAUCAUGUAUUUCCAAAUUUGGUUUCUGUUCUUUCAUGUACGGAUUAUUCAUAAGCCACAAUAACGCCUGCUUAAACUUUAGUUAUAAAUUUAUCUUUGCCUUAUUCUGUUAUCUGGCUGCGGUAUCACUGCAAACUUAAUACAGAUAUUCUAUAUACACUCUUGUAAAUACAAGAAUAAUUUCAAAUCAUGUGUCAUUGAGAGUUCUAUUCUAUUCUCCAAUAGAUAAGAUUCAAAAUAUUUUCUCGCGUUUCUGCACUUUCCAUAUUUUCUUAACUUCAUUCUAUAGGAACAUUGUGUUUUAAGCACACCACUUCUCUACAUCUAUACAUUAAUCAUCACUGAUGGGUGCCGCUUCACCAAAAGCUUUCUGACCCGUCCGUCUUCAUAACUCGUAAUUUCACAAUCUUUAUAUAGUUAAGGUAUUUUAAAUUUUCACCGUGUACGUGUGUUUAGCCUAGGUUUACGGUGUAUUACGCGAUAGCUCUAUAAUACGUGCAUGGCGUUUCUAGCUGAACUGUUGUUCGUAGUUGUUCGGAAUAAACAAUAAUAGAUUAAGUGUCCGACAUGACCAAUAUUUCAACUCUGUCAUUCAUAACCUCCCCUAUUUCCUCUUGUAUGUUAGUCAAUACUUCUAUAAUAUACGAUGCUACCCUAGAUCCCUUUUAUCUUCAACUAUCUUUAAAUCUAUCAGUAGUGUAUCUAUGGCCUUCGUUGUUGACUCUCAUUUAUGUAGUGAUAGUGGACUAGAAAAUUAUUUUGGUACGUAGCGAGGAUUAAGUAUAACAUAAAAUUUCCAAUUAAAUCCGCUAAUUGUCACUAAUUUAAAACCUAAGUUUUUUUCAGGUCACGUUACUUUUGUAAAUUUUUGUGUGUGCAUGUGCGUUUAAAAAUAAGUGUAGGGCAGCUCUUGAGAGGUGUGUUUUUGUGUCGUUAUCUCUCAAUUCGUUUUAAUUUAUUUCUUAAGUUGGAACUAUGUUUAAGCGCUUCAUAAAGCUGUUUGUAAGUAAGCUUUCGGUGUUCAAUGUAUAGUGUUAAAUAUAUAUCUAGGUGUAUGUACAUGAUUGCUUAACUGCGAAAUUUUCAAAGGAAUUUGGGUGAUAUCAAAUGGUUGUCAUGAUUAAUUUUGUUUUUAUACAUUUAAGAUUCAUGUAAUGUUUCUUGGUGAUGGUAAAUAGAAAAUAUUAUAUUAGAACUAAUAAUAUAACUCAACGUAUUACAUUAUCAUAUUACAACCUCCACACUACAAAUUGAGUGAAGUAACAUCAAACGAAACCGUCAAUAUUUCCAAUAGGUGUCCGCACUUUCUAAAUCAAAUAUUGAUUUCCUAUUAUUAUAUUUAUACAUAUAUAGUGAAUUUACAAAGAGGUUUAUACAAGGUAGGUGUGUAAAGUAGACAUAACUGUAAAUUAUUUAUAAUCGAAAGAUUAAUUGAUCAUGAUUUAUAUUCACGCCCGUAGCAUAAUUUUGAAGGGCAUGUUAAGGGACGCGAGACCAAUUUCUGAAUUUCUCCAAAUGCAAAAUCAGUUGAAUUGAGUGAUUAAUCUUAUGACAUUCGUACUCAGGGUAAAUUAAAUAUUAUAUACUACUACUAUUGUUAUCUAUUUAUAUAUUAUCUUUGUUCAUUUAGAUAUUUUAGAAAGCAGUUUUGUGGCUUUUGACCCACGAUGCUAUCUCUGUCUACGAACUGAUUUAAUUCCCUCUUACUUGGUUAUCCUAUAAUCUUUGAAAAGAUAUAUUUAAAAUUUCUAAUGUUAUUUUUAAUACAAAUGAAAUUUUCCAGUCGAGUUUACGACGAACGGCAACAAAACUACUUCAAUAAGCAAUCACCAGACAUCGAGUAAACAUUUUGAAAGAUUAUUAUUAAUUUUAACGUAUUCAAUAUUUGCCACAAUAUUUAAAUAUCAUUUAAUAGUAUUCCGUUAAAACAUACACUCAAACUAUGCAAACGUAUCUUGUUGAAAAUAUAGUCUGUUAUUGAUAGUUGCACUAAGUAUUUGAUAGAUUUCACUCAGAUUAAACGUAGCGUUUGUUUUAUAUGAACUGAUUCGUCAUAUUGGCUCAUUUAUUAUAACAGGAGGAAAAGUAAAAUAUUCACAUAAAUGACUUAUCUAGCACACAGUCAUCAGUAAUAUUUUAAAUUAUAUAAAUUGGAACUAUAAACAAAAAUAAGUAAUAAAGACAUCAGAUAAAAAUUGCGACUAAACAUGAUACUAAAAGCUAUAUCACCUACGGUUUUUUUUUCAACUCACAUGGAUUAUACAUAGCCAUUUGAUCUCAAAAACUCACCGAAGGUAUUCGCGGUUUCAUACCAAUCAGAAAAUACAAAACAUACAAUCACCAUUGACACAUUAUGAAGACGCAUUCGGUGGCAAGUUUCAGUUUCAUGUGAAAUUACAAUUACAGGAGAGUGAAAUCGAGCAACUCGUAUAAAAUAGUUUAUAGACGAUAUUAGAGACAACGACACUUUUAGCCACACACACAAGAGCUUCAAUACACAAUAUAUUACCAGUAUUACUUUGUUAGAAAUUUUUGAGGCACUUUAACGCAUAGUGUGGAAAGAUCUUUAUAAAAGAACUGACAGAGAAGUGCCACAGAUUGCAUAAUUUUUGCUCUUUAGAAAGAUUUUUUCAAACCUUUUCACAUUAUGCGUGAAAGUUUAAAUUUGAUUUAUUGAAAUGUCUUCAUAGUAGUGAAAUAAAUGUUUGUUGGUACGUUCGGGGAAUGGAAUGGAGAUGCGUAUUGAAAUAUAAUAUAUAUGAAUAUGAAAUAUACAUAUGAAAGUUCUUCCCGCCACUAUUGUUGAAAACUGUUUCGAAAGUUUUUCCUCGAACGUACAAAUUGUUUAAGUAGGAUAGAAAGAGGCCACAUUUGAAUACAUUAGCUUUUAAUAUUAGUGACAUAUAGUGUUAAAUAUGCAAAUUUACUGUAAUUGAACUAAAUAUUUAAAAAAGAAAUGUAAAUCGAUUUUCAAAAAAGAACAUUAAUCCUGAUAUGAACGUGGUUCAUACGUAUGUUGUAUUGUUAUUAUAAAAGGGUUAGUAGCUUAACCACGAUUACAUUUAACUUAGAGUUAUGAAUGAAAAACGAAAAAGAGGUUAUUGUUGAAAAUGUUUUUAGAUAAUUAAAAUCAGAUUGAGCUUUUGUGAAACCUUGUUAUUGAUGGUAAGUUAGGUUUCUGUUCGCGGUAUCGCUGGCUAAGUACUGCCAUACGAUCAUGUAAUUUAUCUCUAUACGUAUUAGUUUGGUUUCUACACCUGUCACUUGGGUAGUUACAUAAUGUAGGCUUUCGCUGCAGAUUUAUUUAUAUCUAAUGUUGCAAUGCAUUGUUACAUUUAUUUAAUCUUCUUUAUUAGUUACGUACAAAAGUUUAGAGGUAUCCAUUUUCAUAUAAACUUUACUGUGGAUGUGAAAGUGGUAUAUCUACCAUGUUGUUAUAUAAUAAAUAAAUUACAUUGUACCACC